AAUCACUUGGUGUGCCCACUUCCCUUUUAAGUGCAAGAACAACGAAAGCUCAACAUGGGUGACUGGAGUGCCUUAGACCAGCUCCUAGAAAAGGCCCAACCCUACUCCACAGCUGGAGGGAAGGUAUGGCUCAAGGUCCUUUUCAUUUUCCGAAUCCUGCUCCUGGGCACUGCCAUUGAGUCAGCCUGGAGUGAUGAGCAGCUUAAGUUCCAUUGCAACACUCAGCAGCCUGGUUGUGAAAAUGUCUGCUAUGACCAAGCUUUCCCAAUCUCUCAUGUGCGCCUCUGGGUCCUACAGAUCAUAUUCGUAUCUGUGCCUACACUCUUAUACCUGGCACAUGUGUUCUACGUGAUUCGUCAGAAAGAGAAGUUGAACAAGCAAGAGAAGGAACUUGGAGUUGCUCAUUUAAAUGGUGCCAGUGUGGAAAUGCACUUCCAUAAAAUUGAAGAAAAGAAGUUCAACUGUGACAGUGAAGAACAUAAUAAUGUGAAAAUGAAAGGCAGGUUGCUGCUUACCUACAUGCUCAGUAUCUUCUUCAAGGCUGUCUUUGAGAUGACCUUCUUGCUGAUCCAGUGGUACAUUUACGGAUUUACCCUGAAGGAAAUUUACAUUUGUGAAUACCCUCCUUGCCCACAUCAGGUGGACUGCUUCCUCUCUCGGCCCACAGAAAAAACCAUCUUCAUCCUCUUCAUGGUAGUGGUGUCCCUGGUGUCUUUAGUGUUGAAUAUAUUUGAGCUGUCCUGUGUCUUAUUUAAGGCCAUUAAGAAUCGUGUGAGACGUGAGGAUAAUAUUUACUGUGGUACAACUGAUCUACAGAGCCUUUCCCAUGUCUCCUCACCAAAUGUCCUUUCUACCAUGUUUCCUCAGGAUAAGGUGGUUCCUGUGGAUCAUUCUUUAGUCUGUAUUUAA